AGCAACAUGAGGAAAUCUCUACUGAUCGUUGGCUCCCUCCUGGUGACCAUCUUCCUGGCCCAUCUGCCAGUUGGUCUAGCCGUCUCCUGUGCCGAUGAUCCCACCGAUACGGCCUGCGUCGAUUGCACGGAUGCCGCGAAUGCAGCUGAAGCCGAUUGUGUUACAACCACGGCGGCUCCGGAGGCCACCACAGCUGCCGCAGAGGCAACCACAGCUGCCAGUACCGAUGGAGAAACCACCACCGCAGCCGCUUCAGGCACCGACACGACCAAAGCCUCAUCCGGUGGCAAGAAGCGUGUGAAGAGGACCUUCAAGCGGAAGGUGAGCCGCCCUAGGAAGAUCAGGAGGAGGAGGAGCAACCGACGCAGGAACAACAGGAGGAACCAAAACUCGGGCUAAGCACUGGACGACAAUCGCUCAAGGAUGAUAACAACCAUGACACGGCAAUGCUACCCUAUGCUCCUAAACAGCUUUAGUUUUAAGUAAACAAAUAAAUUUCUAA